AUGCCGAUUCUAUUCCAAUCCCGAUCGCUCAAGGGAACGAUGAGGCUCCGGCGGCGGGAUAUCAGUUUGCUUAAUUCGGCGGUGGAUAGUUAUGGGGAGAUGAGCUUCCGUUUCAGAGCGAUAGGGCCGCAAAUCAGCCCGAGCUACGAGUAUUUCCUUGCUUUCUUAUGCUUUAGGCAUGAUCCAACUACCUUGAUUCGCCCGGUAAGGAUACUACUGUUUCGGUUUCUCCUAACUCAGCCUUAG